AUUCUAUCGUACACAGAAAUACUCACAGCACUGCUGCGCAGUUAUGAGAUGAUAGGGCUGCUUCUAUUUGCAGAUGUCUUUGUUGCUAUAAAGUGGAAGAAGACAGGUAAGAAAAGGAUGAAGAGGCUUCUGGGUCCAACCCCUUGGCCGAUUACUGGAAACUUGCUGCAACUUGAAGAAGAUCCUCAUAUUAUACUAACAAAAUCAAGAGAGAAAUAUGGAGACAUGUUUCAAACAAAGCUGGGAUCCAUGCCAGUGGUAGUUCUGCAUGGCAUUGACACAUUUAAGCAGGCUUUAGAAAUACAAGGAGAAAGCUUUGUUGGCAGAUCAGAUCUUUAUAGUUUUUCUCUGACUGAAAAUGAAGGAUGUAUGACUUUCAAUAAGAAAUAUAGAGAAGGAUGGGAUGUCCACAAGGAGAUUGCAAAAAAUGCCCCGAGACAGCUGUCAUCAAGAGCAGACCAAAACUUUACAUGCUCUUGUCUGCUACAAGAACACAUACACUUUGAAGUUUCAGAGAUUGUGAAAGCAUUUAGGGACCUCUCAGACACAGCGGGUAGCUUUGAUUUUGCUAGCUUCCUCACCAGAUAUUUAGCAAGUGUCAUCUGUAACCUGUGCUUUGGAAAAAGGUACAACCAAAAUGACAAGGAGUUCCUCACAGUUCUUCAAAUCAGCCAUGAGGUCAUGCAGAUCUUCAGCUGUAGCAAUGCUGCAGACCUUUUCCCCGCUUUUCAUCGUCUUCCUGACAAUAAGCUGAGAUGUGUCUUCACUUGUGUUCAAAACAAGAAAAGUACUACUGAAGACACUAUACUAGAUGGAUAUUUUAUUCCUAGAGAUACCUGUGUUUUCAUAAAUCAGUCAACCACGGAUAACAUAAUGGACGAAACCCCUGGAAGAUUUGUCCUUGACAACUGUCCAAUAAAUAAGGACCUAACUGAAAAAGUAAUGAUCUUUGGACUUGGGAAAAGAAAAUGCUUGGGGUACAGCUUUGCUCAUGUUGAAAUCUUCACCUUAACAAUGUUGCUAUAUCGACUGAAUAGCAACAGCUCACUGGGCCAGAAUUUAUGUCUCUCCCCAAAUUUUGGACUAGCAAUGAAAAGUACACAGUUUAAAAUUUCAGUCUCACUGAGAACAUAA